AUGUCGUACGCGUACCUGUUUAAAUACAUAAUCAUUGGUGAUACCGGCGUGGGCAAGUCGUGUCUAUUGCUGCAGUUCACGGACAAGCGGUUCCAGCCAGUACAUGACUUGACAAUUGGUGUCGAGUUUGGUGCACGUAUGAUUAACAUUGAGAACAAGCAGAUUAAGCUCCAGAUCUGGGAUACGGCGGGACAAGAAUCGUUCCGUUCUAUCACGCGAUCAUACUAUCGCGGAGCAGCAGGAGCUUUAUUGGUAUAUGAUAUAACCCGACGAGAGACAUUUAAUCAUCUGACGAGAUGGCUAGAGGAAGCACGUCAGAAUUCCAAUUCGAAUAUGGCUAUUAUGCUCAUUGGAAAUAAGAGCGACUUGGAACACCGUCGUGCUGUGAGUUUCAAAGAGGGCGAGCAAUUUGCUAAGGAGAAUGGACUCAUUUUUCUUGAAACGUCGGCGAAAACGGCUGCCAAUGUGGAAGAUGCUUUUGUCAAGACGGCGUCGAAAAUCUACUCGAACAUUCAGUCGGGUGUGUGCGAUGUCACGAACGAGGCACAUGGCAUCAAGGUGGGCAUGACCAGCUCGCCAGGGCCUGGAGGUUUUGGCAACUCGAAUCCUCCAGCCAGCAGAGGUUGCUGCUAA